AUGUGCGGCUCCGAGGGGCCCCGCCGGGGCUGGGGGCGCUGUGCCCCCAGCCCCAUCCUCCUCCUGAGUUUGCUUGCGUCUGCAGCCCCGCUUGGCCUGCUGGGGGAGGAGACCCGCCAGGUGUCUCUGGAGGUCAUCCCUCCCGGGCUGGACGCCCCCCAGAACCUCCUGCACAUCCGGGCGGUGGGAACCAACUCCACGCUACACUACGUGUGGAGCAGCAUGGGGCCUCCGGCAGUGCUGCUCGUGGCCACCGACACCCCCCACAGCACCCUGAGUGUCAACUGGAGCCUCCUGCUGUCCCCUGAGCCUGACGGGGGCCUGGUCGUGCUCCCCAAGGACAGCAUCCAGUUCUCUUCUGCCCUUGUCUUUACCAGGCUCUUUGAAUUUGAUGGCGCCAACACAUCCGAGGGGGCCGAGCCUCCGGGAGAACCGUGUCCCCCGUAUCCCCUGGCCAAGUUCUCCUGGAACAAUAUCACGGACUCAUUGGAUCCUGCCACCCUGAGCGCCACAUUUCGAGGCCGCCCCACCGACGACCCCACCGGGGCUUUUGCCAAUGGCAGCCUCACCUUCAGGGUGCAGGCCUUCUCUGGAUCCGGCAGACCAGACCAGCCCCCGCGCCUCCUGCAUUCGGCCGACACCUGCCAGCUAGAGGUGGCCCUGGUCGGGGCCUCUCCCCGGGGAAACCGCUCCCUGUUUGGGCUGGAGGUAGCCACCCUGGGCCAGGGCCCCGACUGCCCCUUGAUGCAGGAGCAACAUUCCAUCGACGAUGAAUAUGCACCUGCUGUCUUCCAGGUGAACCAGCUGCUGUGGGGCUCCCUCCCAUCCGGCUUCGUGCAGUGGCGACCAGUGGCUUUCUCCCAGAGGCAGAGGGGCCGGGAAUCAGCCCUGCCCUGCCAAGCUUCCCCUCUUCACCCCUCCUUGGCAUACCUCCCCCAGUCACCCAUAGUCAGAGCCUUCUUUGAGUCCCACAAUAACUUCUGUGCCUUCAAUUUGACAUUUGGGGCUUCCACAGGCCCUGGCUACUGGGACGCACACUACCUCAGUUGGUCGACGCUCCUGGGUGUGGGCACCCCUCCAUUGGACACCUUGUCCCCACUAGUCCUAGGCAUCAUGGCGGUGGCCCUGGGUGCCCCGGGGCUCAUGCUGCUGGCUGGAGGCGUGUUUCUGCUGCUGGGCCACAGGCAGUGCUCAGAAUACCAGCCCAUAAACUGAGGCCCGCUCUC